GUUUUGUCGAGAACAUUCUCGUCGUGGUUUGUUGCGACAAUACUCGUGGUUGUGAUUCAUUCCGAGUUACAGAUUUCAUCGCGUCAAUAUGGCUAAAUGGGGAGAAGGAGACCCACGAUGGAUCGUCGAAGAGCGUGCUGACGCUACAAACGUAAACAACUGGCACUGGACUGAGAAAAAUGCAUCUAACUGGUCAAAAGAUAAAAUCAAAGAUCUGUUUCUUGGCAUCAAUGUUGAAGAUGAUAGAGGUUUCUGUGAAAUCACAUCAGUUGUCAAUUGUGAAGGGGAAGCCUCUGCCAAUAACAGAAAAGCAAAACUUAUUUUCUUUUAUGAAUGGGAAGUUAAACUAGAAUGGACAGGUAGUCUCACAGACUGUGAAGCCAUUUUAAGAGGCUCUAUUGAAAUUCCAAAUUUGAGUGAUGAAAAUGAACCAGAUGAAGUUGAUAUUAUUGUGACAGUUAAAAAUAGUACGGAAGAAAGUAACAUACUUAAAGACAUUAUGCGAAAAAAAGGGAUGCCCAGAAUUAGACUAGCUAUAGCAAAAUACAUUCAAGACUUGAAAGAAGAAUUCAGCCAAGGAAUGAUAUUACCUUCUCAGAAGAACACAAGUACAUCUAGCACUGCAACCAAACCACACAACCCCCCAAUCAAUAAGGCUGCUAACAAAAAUGGUGUCCCAAAGGGUAUGUCAAAUUUACAAAUUGGAUCGAAAAUACAAACAUCUAAACUAGCAGACAAGCAAGAAUUCAAAUGUGCAGCAGAUGAUUUAUAUGAUGCAUUAACAAAUAAACAGAAAGUGUGUGCCUAUAUGGGCUCAGGAGUGGAAAUAGAGGCAGUUGAAGGUGGAAAGUUCUCAUUCUUAGAUGGUAAUGUGACAGGUGUAUUCACACAGCUGGUAAGAAAUGAAAAGAUAGUUCAAAGAUGGCGAUGCAAAUCUUGGCCAGCUGAACACUACUCAACAGUCACCAUAGAAUUACAACAAAAAUCAGAUUGCACUUUAUUACAAUUGACACAGACGAAUGUUCCAACAAAUGAACUGGACAGAACAAAAGAAGGAUGGAUCCGCAACUACUGGGAACGGAUAAAGACUGUGUUUGGUUUUGGUUCUAGGUUAUUUUGAGCUGCAGUCUACCACCGUAACAUUACUAUAUGAAUACUUGUGUAAAUGAAUAGCAUGCGGAACACCUAAAAGCAGUGCAUGCAGUCAGCUAAAUUGCAUUUUAUCAGAAGCAGAUUUUUCAGGAGUAAAAUUUUUGAUGUAACGUUUUCUUUUUUAAAAGAAAAAGAAUUUUGCCUUCCACUUAUCUGAAACCAUUAUUCUUUAUUCCUUGAAAUGGUAGUACCCCUUAACUUUGUAAUUUAUUUGAAAAUAUUAGAUACUUUAAUUAAGAAACUUGCUCAUAAAUGUUAAAGAUUGCAAUGUUGGCACAUAUCCAUCUCAGAUACCAGUACCAUUGCUGUGAAGAUCUGUGAAGUAUCGGAUACCAUAUUUAAAGCAGUGAUGUAAGCUUUCUUUCUUUGCAACUUAUGUCUAAUAUAAUUUUUCAAUAAACUGUAUGUGUAUUUUAGCAGG